GCACUCACCACCAGCCCACCAACAUCACUUAUAUCGCAAGUCGGCAACGAGGAGUUGAGCGCCCAGACACUACCAGUCAACCACUCCUCGCGGCUGCGUCGUCCGUGCAUUCGAUCCUUGCCCGGCGCGCGCUCGGCCCGCACGUACGGGGAUAGCCGUCAUGCUCCAGGCGAGCUCGGAGCGGCCGGCCGCGAGACUUUGGGUGCCGGGGAUGGGCCCGCAGCUGAUGGACGCGGGGUCCGCGAGGGCGCAGGAGAUCGCGCGCCGGCGGGAGGAGAUGAUGGGGAUGCUGCACGACCUCCCCGAGUCCGAGUACGAGCUCUCGCUCACCGACCUCGUCGAGAAGGCCGGGGGUGAAGCCGUGGUCGCGGCCGCGCCGUCCGAGGAGAAGGAGCUGGGACCGACCGGCUGGUCGGUGUCCGGUAGGCAAGCGGGGCAGCAACAGCAGCCGACUCCAGCGGGGAGGCCGGAGCGGAGGGGGUCCGCGCGGCGACGGGACAGCGGGAGCGGGAGCAGCUUCCGCAGCAGCAGCGACGGCGUCCUGCUCAACUUCUACAUGCCCCGAUCCCUCACCCGGAGUUUCACCGCGCCGCGGCCCAGCCGGACGCCGUUGGUCUCCGGCUGCCGGACUCCCAGUGUCUCCUCCGACUGUAACAAAAGGGAGAGGGACGCGGACGCCGAGACCGUCAAGUGCUGGUCCCUGCUGUGGGAUCGGCGGUGGCGCAAGUCCAGCCGGCGGGACCCGGGCGCGCCGCCCAACGAGCCCACCAUCCGCGCCGCGUCGGCGGCGAUCCUCAAAGCGAAGAUCUGAAUGGUGUUCGUGUUCCGUCGUCGCCUGGAAUACACUUUCUUUUUUGUCGCUGUUGCCUGUAUUGGUGGCUCGCGGCCUUGCAGCUCUGUACAUAUGCUUUUUAUGUGAUAUGCCGAUGUGUUUGUUUAGCUUGCAGUAUAGUACUAUUCGCUUAGUUUUUUUGGUUCUUUUGAAGAAUAGUACUAUUCACUGGGAUGGAAUCGAUUGUGUACGUCGAAUAAACAUUCCAGCCUUCAUCAGGCGCUCGAUUAAAAUGAAAGAAACAGCUAUACAGUUGAAGUUA